AUGAAACGAAAGCCCGCCGAGCUGCGUAUGAGUGGCGUAACGAGCACAGGAAGGGUCAAGCCGCCUGAAAGCGUCGCCGCUGCUUCCCACACUGGUCAGUGGUUUACUGGACAUCGCCGGUCAUCAAAUUCUUUGUUAGGAUUAUUGUCUCGCGCACAAAACACAACCCCUCGUCGUAGAGCGGCUUUGAAAGACAGUAGAUGGCAGCCGUACAACGGUGACGAAUGGCGACGAGGCGAGCUAGUGGAACAAGAUUUAUGCCGAACUGAAUUAGUACGAAAGGCGGAGCCCGACAAUGCACGUAGACUGCCCGAGAUCCAUGUUGACCUAUCGUUCUAA